UUCUUUCAUCUUCUUCAGUUUCAGUUCAGCACUCUUUGGUAGCUUUUUGAGUGAGGUAAAGAAAAGAAGGUUGCUUUGCUUUGUUGAGUGAAGAUGGAGGGGAAAGAGGAGGAUGUUAAGCUUGGAGCAAACAAGUAUCCAGAGAGGCAGCCCAUUGGGACAUCAGCACAAGGUGACAAGGACUACAAGGAGCCACCCCCAGCUCCAUUGUUUGAGCCUGGUGAGCUCAAGUCAUGGUCUUUUUACAGAGCUGGGAUUGCAGAGUUUGUGGCUACUUUCUUGUUCCUCUACAUCACCAUCUUGACUGUCAUGGGUGUCUCCAACUCUACAAACAAGUGCUCAACUGUGGGUAUCCAAGGAAUUGCUUGGGCCUUUGGGGGUAUGAUUUUUGCCCUUGUCUACUGCACUGCUGGUAUCUCAGGUGGACAUAUCAACCCAGCAGUGACCUUUGGGUUGUUACUGGCAAGGAAGCUGUCCCUUACGAGGGCAAUCUUCUACAUGGUGAUGCAGUGCCUUGGUGCCAUCUGCGGUGCUGGUGUAGUGAAGGGAUUCGAGGGUGACGGCAAGUACGAGCUGUUGGGAGGUGGAGCAAACUUUGUUGCUCAUGGCUACACCAAGGGUGAUGGUCUUGGUGCUGAGAUUGUUGGCACCUUUGUUCUUGUUUACACUGUUUUCUCUGCCACCGAUGCCAAGCGAAAUGCCAGAGACUCUCAUGUCCCUAUUUUGGCUCCUCUUCCCAUUGGGUUUGCAGUGUUUUUGGUUCAUUUGGCCACCAUUCCUAUCACUGGAACUGGCAUUAACCCAGCAAGGAGUCUUGGUGCUGCCAUCAUCUUCGACAAGGACCGCGCAUGGGAUGACCAUUGGAUCUUCUGGGUGGGUCCCUUCAUUGGAGCUGCCCUUGCUGCCAUUUACCACCAGAUAAUCAUAAGGGCUAUUCCUUUCAAGGCCAGGACUUAAAUUAUUGCAUAGUUUCUCUUCGCUGUGUCUGUUUUGUUGUCUCUUUUCCUAUAUCCCUUGAUGAUGCACUGUGUUAUGGUAUUGUUGUGUGUAAAUUAUCUGGAGUUAUGCUGUAAAAAGUUUGUGACAGCCUGAGCUAUCUAAUGAAGGAUUCUUUUAUCAUUUGUGCUACAUUUGAUUUUACUUCAUGUAAGUGAAGCUCCUUGUGUGCAAAUCAAUAUUCCUUGACAAA